AUGUCGAAUCCUGUUCUACUGCGACAUCUGAAGGGCCACCGGGGUAAGCUAACGGGUGUGUCGUUCAAUCCGGAAGGUUCCCGCUUCGUUACGGCCUCCAGCGACCACUCCGCGAUUGUGUGGGCCGUCAACGAACAAGUCCGCUGCUUACGCUUCGAGGCGCACACGGACAUAAUAAACGAUAUUUGCUGGUCUCCGGAUGGCCGCAUCAUAGCUUCCGCUUCGAAGGAUCGCUCGGUGAAAAUUUGGAUUCCAUCGAUGCUCGGCAAUUGCGACGAAUUCCGUGGCCACACAUCGAACAUUCGGUCAGUAGAUUUUGAUCCAACCGGGAAAAAGCUCCUGACAGCAUCGGACGAUAAAACGGUGAAAUUAUGGCGAGUGACGCGAAAAAAUUUCCUUUCCUCGUUCGUCGGACACACAAACUGGGUACGCUGUGCCCGGUUCUCUCCGAACGGUAAACUGAUCGCCUCCUGCGCUGAUGACCGCACGCUGAAACUGUUCGACCCUGCCUCCGGGCAGUGCGUCCACACAUUUGUCGACCAGAAGGGUGCCGGAUACAAAGUUGCUUGGCAUCCCGACAGUUCGCUGGUGGCAAUCGCGUUGGACAACUGUCGAGUGAAAAUUUAUGACGUGAACAUUCGGAAGCUGAUCCAAUACUACCGGAUUUUCGACGGCCCAGUCAACGCGCUCGACUUUCACCCUUCCGGCAACUAUCUGAUCACGGUCAGUGAGGAUGGCGUUACUAAAAUCAUCGACCUGCUCGAGGGUCGCCAAAUAUUCACUCUCACCGGUCAUCGGGGUCCGGUGACGGCGGUAAAGUUUUCGAAGGAUGGCAAAUUUUUCGUCACCGGCAGUGAAGAUCGGCAUGUGAUGCUUUGGCAGGCGAACUUGGACAGCGAAUCGGCACAACAUUCCCUCCACUCAACCGAUAGCAGUUGCGGGGAUAUGAAUCCACCGAUGGCCGGGCGAAAGUUUAGCUUCUUCGAUCAGGACGUCAGUGAGGCGGAUGCUGAUGAUGCCACGCAGAACAAAGAGAACUUGCCGGACACGAGCGUGUUAGUCGAUGCUUCUAAAACUGAAAACUUUAAAAUAUCUGACGCCGUAGAGGUUAGCGAUUAAACACUGUCGCAUCACCGUCCUUAUUCUCAAUGCUCCUUGCUCUGCGUAGUCCUUUAUUCACUUUAAUCACCUUACAUUUUGCUCAAAUUUCCCUUCCAUAUAAUGCAAGGAAAUUGUAAUCAAACUGAAUAAAUCCUCCCCCGGAGCUAACCAAACGGCCGGACUGAGCGUUAGUUUCACGAGCAAACCCUCGCCAAGCAACGACGUGGCAGUUCG